AUGGAGCCCUCAGCUCCUGGUUCUGGGGAUGUCCCUGAAACCAGACUAGGCGAACUGUCGGGAAAUGCAGAAGGACAGAACUUGAGGGAUUGCCCUGCUCGGGAGGCGGACCUCAGACAGAGAGAGCUUGUAGAAGGGGAAGCUAAUCAAUGUGAUAUCUGUGGGAAAAGUUUCACAUUUCACUCGGAACUAGUUAGACACCAGCUUUCUCAUACUGGGGAAAAAAAUUACAAAUGUGAUCCUUGUGGGAAAAGCUUCAGUCAGAGCUCACACCUUACUGAACAUCAGAGGAUUCACACUGGAGAGAGACUCUAUGUCUGUAACGUGUGUGGAAAAAACUUCAUUCACUAUUCAAACCUCAUUGAGCAUCAGAGAAUACACACUGGAGAAAAACCAUUCCAAUGUUCUCAGUGUGGGAAAGUCUUCUGUCACAGCUCAGACCUGAUUCGACACCAGCGGGUCCAUACCCGGGAGAGGCCUUACGAAUGCAAAGAAUGCGGGAAGGGCUUCAGCCAGAGCUCCCUGCUUAUUCGACAUCAGAGAAUCCACACGGGAGAGAGGCCCUACGAGUGUAAUGAGUGUGGGAAGUCCUUCAUUCGCAGCUCCAGCCUCAUCCGCCACUAUCAGAUCCACACGGAGGUGAGACAGUACGAGUGUAAAGAGUGUGGAAAGGCUUUCCGGCACCGAUCAGACCUUAUUGAGCACCAGAGAAUCCACACUGGAGAGAGGCCGUUUGAGUGCAGCGAAUGUGGUAAAGCCUUCAUCCGGAGCUCAAAACUUAUUCAGCACCAGCGGAUCCACACGGGAGAGAGACCCUAUGUGUGUACAGAAUGUGGGAAACGCUUCAGCCAGACGUCCAACUUUACUCAGCACCAGAGAAUUCACACUGGAGAGAAACUCUAUGAAUGCGACGAGUGUGGAAAAGCAUUUUUUCUGAGCUCAUACCUUAUUCGACACCAGAAAAUUCACACUGGAGAACGAGUAUAUGAAUGUAAAGAGUGUGGAAAAGCUUUUCUCCAGAAAGCCCACCUUACUGAACAUCAGAAAAUCCACACUGGGGAGAGGCCUUUUGAAUGUAAAGACUGUGGGAAGGCCUUCAUUCAGAGCUCCAAGCUGCUCCUACAUCAGAUCAUCCAUACUGGAGAAAAGCCCUAUGUGUGUAGUCGUUGUGGAAAAGGCUUUACUCAGAGGUCAAACUUCAUUCAGCAUCAGAAAGUUCACACGGGCAAAAAUUCACCCAAAGUGGUCACAGACUUAAGUAUCAAAACUAAGUACACGGGCACCAGAAGCGAGCUGACCAGUGCGUCGAUGCACAUAAAACGGCAUCUCUUCAUUCAGAUCUUUACACUUGCUUUCUUGCCAGCAGCAGUCUGCUUUCUUCAGCUUUGAUCAAUCACACCUAUCAAUAAGUGGCUUCUGAAAGCGUUCCAGACAGUAGGCUGCCUGCCUCUCUCUCCUGUGUCUUCUGAAGUGGGUUUAUACAAGGCCGUUAGUGGCACUGAGGCCUUUGGAAGGUUUGGGGGCAUCGUUAAAACACUCCUGCUAUGUCUCUCUCUUGGUCCAUCCACUUCUGGGCCUUUAGAUCUAUUUUUUUCUCAGCUUGUUAUGACUGUGUGCUUCCUUCUGAUUGGACAGAUGCUCUGAAGACACAACAAGGAACGGCUUGAAAGAAACAAACCUCCUCUGGGUGCGGUCAGCAGCAGUGCACCUCUCCUGAUCAUUUCCACAACGUUCCACAAGACGUUCUCGAAUCCAAACACCGGCCUGGAGAAAUUGAUCGUCAUUGUCAGAGUGUUCAAAACUCCUAUUCAACUGAGCUUUAUACCUGUAACCUUCAUCUUUCAUACCAGCAGAGACAGUGUUUUCUGUACUGCACACAAAUCUCUCACCUUGGGAAUGGCGAUGCUGAAGAUGGUGUUUGCAGACCACGAGCACCUCUCUCUGAUAUCUAUGCCCUUGCUCAUCUGUUGCCCAGCUCAGAUCCAUCUGGGGAGCGUGCUGGCGUCAACAGUCAAGUCUUGGAUGAUGCCAAGGCAGAAGGGAGUGACCUGGACGAAAGCAACGGCGUAA